UUGCUUAAUUUGCGGCCACUGGUGACAAUUUCAUUCCACGAUCGCAUGUGUCAGAGAAAUGAUGAUAAAAACCAAAUACUGAUGUGAUUCCACGAAAUUAUUCUACUGUUGUUGUGCUGUAUUCAUUGAACCGGGUGAAAAGAUGCAAAAUUUCAUGAGUGUUUCACUGUUGAUAAAUUGCGCAAUAUCCGCGUGCGCUUUCUUAAUAACAAAGCAAUUGAUACCGAGCCUACGGGACAUGUUCAUUGCCGCCAAUUUAUUCGGCAAUGAUUUGUGCAAGCGAAACAAGCCCAAAAUACCAGAGGCGAUGGGUGUAGUGACCGGCUGCAUGUUUUUGAUAGCCUUAUUUCUAUUUAUACCAGUGCCAUUCGUGUUCAACGAGAAGCAAGUCAAUGAAUUUCCACACAAUCAGCUAAUCGAAUUGAUAUCGGCACUGUUGUCGAUUUGUUGCAUGAUCCUGUUGGGAUUUGCUGAUGAUGUUUUGAAUUUGCGAUGGCGCCAUAAGUUAUUGCUGCCAACGAUUGCAUCAUUGCCAUUGCUUAUGGUGUACUACGUGAAUUUCAACCGAACAACAAUCAUUCUGCCUAUUUUUGUACGAAAUGUGCUCGGGUCAUCGAUUGACAUCGGAAUUCUUUACUAUAUUUACAUGGGAAUGUUGGCAGUAUUUUGUACAAAUGCAAUCAAUAUCUUAGCCGGAAUAAACGGGCUCGAGGCAGGACAAUCACUGAUUAUCGCCGCAUCGAUCAUUGUAUUCAACAUGAUUGAAAUGACACACGAUUCAAACACCCGAAUGGAACAUGCAUUUUCAUUGUACAUCAUUGUCCCAUAUUUUGCCACAUCUCUGGCUCUCUUCAUGUUUAAUAAAUAUCCAGCCCGUGUCUUUGUUGGCGAUACAUUCUGUUAUCUGUCUGGUAUGACAUUCGCUGUAGUCGGCAUAUUGGGUCAUUUCAGCAAGACGCUGCUGCUGUUUUUCAUACCACAAAUCAUAAAUUUUUUGUAUUCGAUUCCGCAAUUGUUCCAUUUUGUGCCUUGUCCGCGACAUCGUAUGCCCAAAUACAAUGCAACUACUGAUCGAUUGGAACCAAGUAAAACGCAAUUUCACUACAAAGAUUUGAACAUUUUCGGCCGUCUAUGUGUCUCAAUCUUUCGAUUGAUACGCAUCAUCGAAUGGAGUGAAAGCGACAAGGAUGGUGUUGUUAUCACAAAUAAUUUCACAUUGAUCAACUUCCUUUUGGUCGUAUUCGGGCCACAGCACGAACAAAGAUUAACCCAUUACUUACUUGUCGUACAAGUUCUUUGUACACUCGUUGCUUUUGUGAUACGAUAUCCUCUGGCUAAAUAUUUCUAUGAAUACUAGCAUUUAGUUAUUUGAUUUCAUCCAAUACCAAAGUUUAUAUGUUAAACCCGGUUUCCAGUCGCAGCCUUUUCCAGAAUUCCAAUAAUGUCCAUUUAUGGAAUUCCACGAGAAUUUUAAUUACUGAUACAUUAGGAAAAAUAAAUGAAGAAAAAAAAAGAUUUUCAAAUAAUACAAUAAAAAGAUAAUUCUGUUUCUUUACCAAAA